GCCUUGCUAUUCGCCGCGCCACCUAGGAGUACUUACAUCUGCGAGCUAUGUACCUCUCAACGAUCUCAACAUCGGCCCAGGUGCCCGGGAGAUUUACCAAGCGCACUGAUAAACAAUUUUUUGCCAAGUCGAACCAAGAUCUCUCUACAGACCUACAGGUGUCUACGGAUCGACUCGUACCUGUGGAUGUCAUAGACUUACAGACUUUUGACUGGGUGCUCGAAUGGUCGGAAAUUCGACCGUUCAUAGUAACAUUGUUGUUGCCUCAUGGCACGCUUAGCCUCAUAGCAACGCCUACAUCAAAUCCUUCCCCACCUACAAGCACAUCUAAUCCACAUCCCUCAAUCCAUUACGCUAGAUGAGCACCGGGAUGUUUCUUUCGCGUAUCAAUCUUGCAGUUGUAUGUCAGGCCGCAAUCAAGACACGCGUAUGCAAUGCGUUUUGCGUGAAGUGACAAGAAUCGAGUCG